AGUACAACACUCGCGUUCACCGUUUUGUGCGGGUAUCCACACUUGCAAAAAUUUUGAUAAUAAUACUCGAACUUUUUUAAUAUUUAUAAGUUCAAAUUGAAUAUAUUAAUGAUGUUUUUUAUACAAAAUAGUCUUGCAGUGAAGCAAGGGCUUGCUAAAUAUGGUUCUUCUGUAAACAGUUGGCGAAUAAUCCAGAAGUGUUUUGCAACUAAAAGUAAUGAUGCUUCUAAAAAUAUUGUCUUCAUCGAUGGUGUUAGAACACCAUUUCUGCAAGCUGGUACAAGUUAUAAAAAUUUAAUGGCAUAUGAUCUUGCUAGAGAGUCAUUGAUGGCACUGCAAAAAAAAAUUAAAUUUCCUAAAGAAAUAAUUGAAUACAUUAUUUAUGGCACUGUAAUGCAAGAAGUACGUACUUCAAAUAUUGCUAGAGAAGCAGCUUUAGGUGCAGGAUACAGUGAUAAUACUCCUGCACACACAGUAACUAUGGCAUGCAUCAGUAGUAAUCAAGCUCUCACAACUGGCAUGGGCUUGAUUGCUUGCGGUGUGUAUGAUGUAAUUAUUGCAGGUGGAGUGGAAUUUAUGUCAGAUAUACCAAUAAGGCAUAGUCGAAAAAUGCGUUCCUUAAUGUUACAAGCUAAUAAGGCAAAAUCAAUGAAGCAAAAAUUAAGUCUUCUGGCUAGUAUUCGCCCAGCACAUUUUAUACCAGAUCUACCUGCUGUAGCAGAAUUUUCUAGUAAUGAAACCAUGGGACACAGCGGUGAUAGAUUAGCAGCUGCAUUUGGAAUUUCAAGAAGAGAGCAAGAUGAAUAUGCUUUACGUUCUCAUACUUUAGCUGCAAAAGCACAACAACAAGGGCAUCUUACAGACAUAGUUCCUUAUAAAGUACCAAAUGUAAAUGAUGUUGUUGAUAAAGAUAAUGGAAUUCGUGUUUCUACAAUGGAACAAUUAGGAAAAUUAAAACCAGCAUUUGUUAAGCCAUAUGGAGGAGUGACUGCUGCUAAUGCUUCCUUUUUAACUGAUGGAGCAUCAGCAGCUCUGAUAAUGACAGAACAAAAAGCUCUUCAACUUGGUCUUACACCAAAGGCAUAUUUGAGAAAUUUUACUUAUGUUUCUCAAGAUCCAGUUGAUCAGUUGCUUUUAGGACCAACAUAUGCUAUUCCAAAGAUAUUACAAAAAGCUAAAUUAAACGUGAAGGAUAUUGGAGUGUGGGAAAUACAUGAAGCAUUUGCUGGACAAAUUUUAGCUAAUUUGAAAGCAUUAGAUUCGGAUAUGUUCGCACAAAAUUACUUGGGGAGAUCUUCAAAAGUAGGAAUACCGGAUCUUAAUAAGUGGAAUGCUUGGGGUGGCUCUUUGUCAAUUGGUCAUCCAUUUGCAGCAACUGGAGUGCGGCUAGCUACUCACACCGCUAAUCGAAUGAUUAAAGAAGAUCAACAAUUUGGUUUGAUUGCAGCUUGUGCUGCUGGUGGUCAGGGUGUAGGUAUGAUUAUGGAAAGAUACCCAGGAGCUAAAGUCUGAGAUGUCAACAAUAUCAAGGAAGGAAUAUAUUUUCAAGA